AUGACGACCACGAUGUUCGUUUUGGUUUUACUCUUCGUCACGUAUGCUACUACGACUACUAGGACGAGUACUGCUACUACUGCUGCUCUCGAGAGGCCGAGGGUAAGAAGCCUGAGUGAUGUUGAUGCAUUCGUCGCUGCUGGGAACGCGGGGGUGGAUGCUUCAGGACAGGCUCUUAAUACUAAUACUAAUACUAAAAAUAAGAAGAAGAAAGCGACGAUAUCAAAGACAUCAAAAGAAAUGAUGAAUAAUAAUAAUAAUAAAGAUGAUCAACAACAACAACAAGAACAGCAACGAUUCAACCCGUUAGUUAUCGUUCAACGCGACAACGAGAAAGACUAUCAAGAUUUGAAACGCAUUCAAAAAGUCUUCCCGAGUGCGAAUUCAAUCUUCGGCGUGAACGCCGGACAGUGGCCGCAGAACCUGGAAGACGCCGAAUACGGUUUACAGCCCUUGAGGAUAUUCAACCGCGAGAAUUUCAAGAGUCUCACGUGGAAAGUAGAUGAUAAGAGGAGAAAUCCGGAUAAUUUAAAAGGCAUACAGUGGAUCGCGUCGAUCGAUGAACGCAAUCCAAAGACUGGGAAGUUGGGCGACGGAAGGAUGCCAAUCGCGCAUCACAUCGGAUGCAUGUACGCGCACUUCAACGCGUGGCGAGCGGUGGACGAUAUGGCUUACGAUAAAGGAAACGAUAAAAUCUAUCCCGCUUGGAUUAUGGAAGCCGACGCGUACGUGGACGAGAACCAAAUGAAACCGAGAAUGACUCGAUUACUUCAAAACGCGCCGAAAGAUUACGACUUUUUGAUGAUGAAGAGAGAGCUCUUUUUAGGGAUUUGCGGUCCAGAUAGACCGGAAAAUUGCAAACGGUCGGAGAAUUUCAUUCGUUUAGGCGCACCGGGACCGAAUCAAGAACCAGUUCGAGAUGGGUACGAACGAAGAAUGUAUUUCUAUUAUUGGCCUUUGGAUGGCCCGGGCGCCGGUUUGUCGUCCUACGCAAUCGGUCCAGAUUUUUCAUAUAAAGCGUUCAAUUUCAUCUCCCGGAAAGGAGCGGACAUGAUCGAUGGUUUCUUAUUCGGUAAGCUAUGCCGAGACGACUACGUCUCCGAAGAUGCCGCGAGCCCGGGGAAUUUUUUGUUACCGGAAAUUGGCUCCGCGUUGGUUAAACCGAGAACGAAAGAAACGAACACGAAAGACAACAAGUUGAAAGUGUUGAAUUGCUAUUUGCUCGGCGACGUCGAGUUGGUGAAGAAAGACGCCGACGACGAAGAGGCGUCUCUCGGUAACGACGAACAAGAGAACGUCGAAAACGAGAAAAUCGACGACCCGGUGACUCUUUUCAAAGCGAAAGUGCACCAGGAAACGUCAAGAAAAGCGUCGCCCGAUGACGAACAACAACAAAAAGACAUCGACGUGACGAUCGAAGCGAGCAAACCGACCGAGUCCUCCUCCCAAAUCACCAUCAAAACUGGGGAUGCGUCCAUUUCGCAAACCAUCUCAAACAACAACGAUGGCACGUUUUCCUUCGAAGUGAACGAGAAAAACGUCGACGGACAAGAAGAAGGCGAAACGAAAACGGAAAAGAUCACCGUGGACACGACGCAGAUGCCCGGACCUUACAACGACCUGUUCUCGAGCGUCAUGAACACCAUGGCCAGUGGUGGAGGACCGUUUAAUUUACUACAAGAACAAGAACAACAACAAGAACAACAACAACAACAGUAG